CUGUAGAGAAAACAUACACUGUAUUGACAAGGAAGUACAUGAUUGGAUCAAUUGCAUAACAGAAUGUUUAGAGGAGUUGAUGUAUAUCAUUGGCAUAGACUUGCCGAGGAAGUGGCAUUGGAAAAUCAGAAAAGAAAACACCAGCAUGGGGGAGGUGUAUGUACGGUAUUUCUUCUCGAUACAUAAGCCAGCAUGACAGGAGAGGGAUUCCAUCAGUUGAAGUGGGCUUUCCUUGAUAUUUUAAACGAAUUUAUUCUUCAUCCACACCUCGACGAAAAUGUCGCUGUCAUUAUGUUUGGUGAAGAAAUCAAAUUCUUACAUUAUUAUUCCAACAACUACGGAUCCGUCAGAGAUUGUCUUGAUAAGGUAGAAUGCAGAGGAAGCUCGCCUAUGGAAGCAGGCAUAAUUCUUUCUUUAUCCUGUAUACGCUACGGUGGAGGUCACAAUGCAAUUUUUAAUCCUUAUAUAAGCGUGAGAGCAAGAUUGGUUAUAAUUUCUGAUGGUAGGCCAACAACAUCUACUGAAGUGGGAGGGCCAGAACUGGACAAUUCGAGCGAAGAAUCAAUAUUUGACGGUACUUUUACAAGAAUACAAGCUUUGAUGAAAGAGAUUGGAAAGACAACGCCGAUCAUGUGCAUUCCUGUAGGGUCCGAUCCAAAUGUCGAUUUCUUAAAAACAUUGGUGGAUUCAUCGACAGCAGGAAGACUGAUUUUCCCAACCGAUGCUAAGCAAUGUGGAAGGUUUGCUUUGAACAUGAGAAUUGUGUCUCGCAUCUCAAAGGAAAGAAUGGCAACUGGAAUAACACAGGAACAGAUUCAAACUAUUGCCAAAAUGUCACCGUUACAUGAUAAUGUCUCUAGCAAAGAUUUGGAGGACAUAAAUGAUAUAAUAAAUAAAAUUGAUGCAUUCAAACCAAUAACUGCAGAAGAUGUGGAGGAAGAUUUUUUCAGAGAGCGAUAUGAAAGUCUCCCUUGCAUUGGUACAAGAGUAAAACGUGGACCUCAUUGGACCUAUAAAAACCAAGACAGUCAUGGUCCUGGAACAGUGAUCGGACACUGCGAAAAAGCUGGAUGGGUAAACGUAGAAUUGGAUAGUGGUGUUACAUUGAGUUAUCAGUAUGGUUUUGAUGGUUUAAUUGAAAAAUAUGAUAUUACUCCAUGUAAAGAACCAAGGAUUCUAGAGAAUGAACUGAUCGCCGUUGGAUGCCUAGUUACCAGAGGUCCUGAUUGGAAAUGGGGAGACCAAGAUGGCGGAGAGGGGAAUGUUGGAACAGUGUACAGAAUAAAAAAAGAUGCCGUUGUUCUUGUGAAGUGGCAGAACGGAAAUCGUAGUAACUAUAGAUACGGGUAUGACAACAGAUAUGACGUUACUUUGUGUGAUCCAUUUGACCCUCUUGUGCUUCAGUCAUUGAAAUGUCAACACAGAUCAUACUACUCUGGAAAUCCCGAAAAGGAAGGACAUAAAUUUUGAAAGAACUUCUGUACGAUGGACAGAAAUUUAUUUUCAAAACUAGUAAAACUAGUAUAACGACCGUAUGGACUGCACUUUUUAAAUAUUGAAUGUUAUAAAAGAAACCAUA